UUUUCAUCUUUUUUUUCUGUUUUGUUUUCUUUUUUAGACUGUCCAAGUGAUUGUCCAGGCUCGACUGGGUGAAAAGAUUUGCACUCGUUCUUCUUCUUCCCCAACGGGCUCAGACUGGUUCAACUUAGCAAUCAAAGACAUCCCAGAGGUUACACAUGAAGCAAAGAAGGCACUGGCAGGGCAGCUGCCUGCUGUCGGGAGGUCUAUGUGUGUGGAGAUUUCACUUAAGACAUCUGAGGGAGAUUCCAUGGAGCUGGAAAUAUGGUGUCUUGAAAUGAAUGAAAAGUGUGAUAAAGAAAUCAAAGUUUCCUACACGGUGUACAACAGACUGUCAUUGCUGCUGAAGUCUCUUCUUGCUAUAACUAGGGUGACACCAGCCUACAGGCUCUCCAGAAAACAAGGGCAUGAAUAUGUCAUAUUAUACAGGAUAUAUUUUGGGGAAGUUCAGCUGACUGGCUUAGGAGAAGGCUUCCAGACAGUUCGUGUUGGGACAGUGGGCACUCCUGUGGGCACCAUCACUCUUUCUUGUGCUUACAGAAUUAACUUGGCCUUCAUGUCUACCAGGCAAUUUGAGAGGACCCCACCUAUCAUGGGGAUUAUUAUUGAUCACUUUGUGGACCGUCCCUAUCCCAGUUCGUCUCCCAUGCACCCCUGCAAUUACAGAACUGCUGGCGAGGACACUGGAGUAACAUAUCCAUCUGUAGAAGACUCUCAAGAAGUGUGUACCACCUCUUUUUCCACCUCCCCUCCAUCACAGUGUGUGUUUACUGUCACAAAGGCACAUUUUCAGACCCCUACUCCUGUGGUGACGGAUACCCUGAGGGUCCCCAUGGCAGGACUGGCCUUUUCCCAUCAACUCUCAAGCUCUCGCCUUUCCUAUCAGCCUGCUGCCCUGGGCGUUGGAUCAGCUGACCUGGCUUAUCCAGUAGUGUUUGCUGCUGGCUUAAAUGCUACACACCCUCACCAGCUGAUGGUUCCUGGGAAGGAAGGUGGGGUACCCCUUGCUCCCAACCAGCCUGUCCAUGGUGCCCAGGCUGACCAGGAGAGACUGGCAACCUGCACGCCUUCUGACGGAACCCACUGUGCUGCCACACCCUCCAGUAGUGAGGAUACUGAAACCGUAUCAAACAGCAGUGAGGGACGGGCCUCCCCACACGAUGUCUUGGAGACCAUCUUUGUCCGAAAAGUGGGGGCAUUUGUCAACAAACCCAUUAACCAGGUGACCCUGACGAGUUUGGAUAUACCCUUCGCCAUGUUUGCUCCCAAGAAUUUGGAGCUGGAGGAUACUGAUCCGAUGGUGAAUCCUCCAGAUUCCCCAGACACUGAAUCUCCUCUCCAGGGCAGCCUGCACUCGGAUGGCUCCAGCGGGGGCAGCAGUGGCAAUACCCAUGAUGACUUCGUUAUGAUAGAUUUUAAGCCAGCUUUUUCUAAAGAUGACAUUCUUCCGAUGGACCUGGGGACCUUCUAUCGUGAGUUUCAGAAUCCGCCUCAGCUGAGCAGCCUCUCCAUAGAUAUUGGAGCACAGUCCAUGGCUGAAGACUUGGACUCAUUACCAGAGAAGCUGGCUGUGCAUGAGAAGAAUGUCCGCGAGUUUGAUGCCUUUGUGGAAACCCUGCAGUAAAAGUAUCCUCGAGUCCCAGCAGCACCCCCCUUUUUGUGGCCCCAGGGGACAGGCAGCCUCCCAUGCAUCAGCUGCUCCCACACCUCAUCCUGCUCCGAGCCAGGUGGAAGGGAGGGUGGCUUCUCCCAUGGGGACCCAGAACUCCCUACUCGUGGACUCCUGGAGCCUCCGUGGCGGCAGUCAAGCCCAGUGCCCAGUUGGAGAAGACUCACGCUCUGGCCUUGGAGAUGGGAAGACCCCUCAUACAAAAGAGCCCUCAGUAGGGCCAUCUGUAUGCCCCACCCAUCAACUGCUUCCCAAGGGUGGCAUCCUCUGCCUCCUGCCUGGGCCUGCCUUGCAGCUGGCCCCUUCCCUGCCUGCUGUCACCAUCCACUAUUUGACAUUUCAGCUGGUGGCCAAGAGAUUGGUGUUGAGGCAGAAAGAGGAAGGAGACGGUGCCAAGAGAAGGAAGGAGUCCCUUGGCUCUUUAUUGUCCCCUUUACUUCCUGCUAUCUUCUUCCCCUCUUCCUCCCUCUCUGCCCCAUGCCUGUACUUCUGGCAAUAUGACAGGCCUGUCUGCCCAAGAUGAAAACUCCAAAACUAGCCACUCCCACCCCCGAAGGUUGGGAGGGUCUGAGCAGCCCUGGUGGCUGCCCAUGCUCAGGUCCUCAGCUACAUGGGAAAUAAAAAUGGAACCCUGAAUCUCUAGGAUUCUGUCACUUGGAGUCAUAGCAAAGGUUCUUUUCCUCUCCUACCCCUGUUGCUGCUCCUUGGUUAUAGAACACAGUAAAUAUUUAUUACUUUCAGAGAAACCAGAUAUUUUAUAAAGAAAAUAUGUUUGGGGUGAGUUGUUUUUCACUUGGAGAAGGUGGAGGGCUCUUCCUGGGACGGAGUCCUCCUCUGGAGGUUCUUGAGAAUCCGGGCUGCUGCUGCUGCUGCUGCGAGGAUCUGCCCUCCCACCAUACAGAUGGCGAGAUCCAAGAAGAGGGCUGACCGGGAGCGAAGUCAGCUCCCAGCAUGGCUGCACUGAAACUGACUACAGGCUUUACCUUGGACAGCUGAGUAUUCCUGGUGAGGGCCUUGCAUCUCUGACAGCUUCUGCAGCGUGACUGACUCUAUUCUGGCAGCCCAGGAGGUCUAAAUGUGAUGGCCACAUGGAGUGCUUAGGGGAUGUUGUGUGUGUCCCCUGACUGCUAGGGUACUUGUUCCUGGUCCUUGGGGCUGGACUGUGGAGCUUUUCCUCCUCCUGCUUGGGGCUAGCUACCACCACCCUCUAAUCCCAGGGUCUGUACACUGCCCUGGGGUUUACCAGCUGGAUUGGCUCCUAGUUGAGAAACCAAAGCUGGGCGUAUGAUUGACUUAACCCUUCAGGUAUUGUUACUUGAAUAAGUCAAGUGCCUAGCCUCACCCACCUGCUAUCUGUCCUCUCCCAGCCUCGCUGCUAGUCCUGGCUAAGGAGAUCUAGGUUUACUCCAUUCCUCCUGGCCCACCUGGGGCUCUCAUUGGCAGCAGCUGUGCUUGAGUGGAGCAGGUGGCCCUCAACUGCUUGUUAGUAAACUGCACGUGACACUGUUCCCACCUACAAGGCUGACCUCUGAGGAUUGGAGCAGGCUCUGGAGGAGACCUGAGCUCUGCCUGCUGCUGCUGCCACAGAGAACUUGUUCUCAGCGGCAGCAGUCAACUGGUCCUCCUGUCUUUGGGCCAGAGCACAUGCAUGGCCUGCUGAACCCAGGCCCAGGUUUAUCCCGAAGGCCCCUGGUAAGUUAUUGAUGCCCCCAUGUUUCAGCCACUGGCCUCUUUCCAAGGCCUUGUAUGGAAAGGCCUGCUAGCCAUUGUCCCAGGCAGCUCUCUUUGGUCUCUGCAGGCGGCAGCAGCCUUUCACCAGAGCCCCAUUUGUGAAGAGGCCAGGGAGGCGCAGCCCUGACUGAGCUGAGCCUGGGAGAACCAAAGCAACUGUUAAGGGCAGCCCUUGCCCCUCAGCCCUACCAUAAAACAUAUGAGCCCUAGACUGACUCUUGCAGCACCCCCGGGACAGGCUGGGACCAGCUGUCUGUCUCCAGGUGGCAGAGUCCCUCCUCUUCCUCCAACCUCUCCAACCUACUUUGUUUGGAAAUACUGAGCUACACUUCAAAAUGUAUUCAAGAGAUUUCCAAUAAAUUUUUUUCUGUACUUUACA